AUGGAAGACCAGCGUCAAUCUCAACUCCCCGAGGGGAUCUGGAUGCUCGAUGCCAGCGGCAAGAGACUCCGACAGCUGUCCGACGACGAACUGGCCCGCGCCCCCAACGUCCGCGAUGAUACCACCAGCCCCGACUACCCGUCGUCAGAGACCAUCGCCGAGUAUCUCUCUAGUCUGUCUCCAUCCCAGCAAGGGAUCUGCGAUGCCAUGCGCGGCAUGGGCUGGCCCGACCCCGCCAUCCACAAUCUUCUGACUCUGGUCGAGAAUACCCAGAACCAUCUCUGCGCUCAGCUACGCAUGCAGGGGGUCGACGAGACAGAAAUUCAAAGCUUGGAUGAAAUUUGCAACCAGGAUAUGCCGGACCUCUCGCAUCUUCGAGACCCCUCUGCUGAAGCGCGGCAGAGGGAUUUCCAGCUGCAGCUCUAUUUGCUUGAUGAUGUGACGCGACGACGACGGGUGAUGCUUGGAAAGGAGUAG